CGCCAUGUCUAAAGUUAUCACUCUUUCAAAAGAUACUCCAAAAGAAAAAAGAGAAACGACUUCUCGAUCACUUGCCAAGAAUUGUAUACACGCUAGCUAGCUAUAUGUAGCAAUAGCAUCAUAUCAUUCCAUAUAUAUACACAUUUUAAGAACAUAAUUAUCUGUCGUCUGUGGAAAUUAAUUAAGCUGAAACGCACCCACCCAGAGUUGAAGAAGAAGAAAUGUUCAGAAUGAGUAAAUGGAGUCUCCUCAUCUUCCUCCAGUUCAUCUCUCUGUUAAUAUGUCCAGAGGGGAACAUUUUUACGCCUUCUUCUACUACUAAAGCAUCGAAUCCUCCGACAACCUCCACGAUUCCGCCGUCAUCGUCCCCCACUCUAAGCACCAACUGGUGUAUUGCUAGAGAAAAUGCUUCCCAGGAAGCUUUGCAGAAAGCCUUAGACUAUGUGUGUGACAAGAAUAGAACUGCUGUUGAUUGUGCAACCAUACAGUCUGGUGGAGUCUGCUUCAUUCCCAACACCCUCAUCCACCAUGCCUCCUAUGCUAUGAAUCUUUAUUAUCAGAACAAUCGCACUCUUCCUGACAGCUGCGAUUUUAGUGGGGUUGGGUUCAUAACCAACAUUGACCCUACUCAAUCACUCGUUACAACAACACCCAUUACCCAAACUAGCUUGAAUACGCCCGAUAAUGCUACUAAUGCUUCUACUUUAUCAUCAUGUCAUUAUCUACCAACAAGCACAAGUGCAUCAGGGUUUAACACUUCGUUAAGUGGAUCUUUUGGUGGAGUUUCUUCACCUAUGGGAUCUCACCCCGCAUCAUAUUCCUCAACUGCUGCUGCACGAAUUAGCUGCUUCCAGAUGUGUUAUUCCUUGAUGUUAGCAUUUCUUAUGAUCAUAAGCCUGGCGCGUGGAUGAUCGUUAAUUCUCAUAUUGAUCAAAGCUUAAUAUAUUAUUGCAGUUAGUUAAUUAAGAUCAUUUCCUUUUGCUGCAAAACUGAAGACUUGGUUCACUUCUCACAAUUAACACAAAAAUAUACUCCGUACGUUUUACUACUAUUACUAUAUAUAUACAUAGCCCAGUGUAUACUUCCUAUAUAUUGAUAUGUACUCCCUAUAUAUGUUUUACUUACCUCAUGGAACUUCAAUUCAUAUGUUGACAUCGUUAUUGUUAAUUUAAUGAUUUACCAUUCGUUCUGUGGUAUUUUUGCUUAGUGAAAA